GCGCUCGGCGCAGAAGUCUGCCGGAAGCCAAGAUGGCGGAUAGGUGUCCCCCGGGCCGCAGUUGGCGCGUUCUCCGUGUCUGAGCGGGUGUUUCGUCAGGGGCUGCGGCGAACACCUUCUGCGCCGCCAUGGCCCGGCAUCGGAAUGUCCGAGGCUAUAACUACGACGAAGAUUUUGAAGAUGAUGAUCUCUAUGGCCAGUCUGUAGAGGAUGAUUAUUGUAUUUCACCAUCAACAGCUGCUCAGUUUAUAUACUCACGACGUGACAGCCCUUCAGUUGGUGAGCCGGUGGAAGAAUAUGAUUAUGAAGACCUGAAAGAGCCCUCCAGUGCACUGUUGAACCGUCAGCUAAGUGGAGUUGAUCAAGCUCAUCUUUAUUCAUGCCUUGAUCACAUGAGAGAGGUAUUUGGAGAUGACGUGCCAGACGACGUGUUGAUGGAAGCAGUUCUGAAGAGCAAGUUUGACGUGCAGAAGGCGUUGUCAAUGGUUCUGGAGCAAGACAGCCUGCAGAAUUUGAAGGCGAAGAGUCAGGGAGCAGCAUCUGCAGGACAGACAGCGAAAGGAGUCUUAUUAUCUUCCUCUAAAGUGUCAUCUGAUGAUGUUCAACUCUCUUGUCCUCAAUCCGCAAACCAUUUGGAUUGUAGUAGCAAACCCUUUGAUUUUUCUGGCCCAGUAGUAAAAUAUGGAUUAUAUCAUAAUUCCUCAGUUGUACCAAGUCACUGUUUACUCCAUAAAAAAAAGAAACUUGACAGACCUAGAAGUGAAAAGAAACUAGAAUCAUGUAAGUUAACAAAAGAGCUGUCAGUAGCUGAUCUAAUUGAUGAUAUGCCAAGAGAUUCUUGUGAAAGUCAGCCGUCAGUCAGAUUAACAUCCACAGAUAGUCUGCAAAGUCUGCUUUCACAGAGUCUAGAUGCUGAUUUGUUGAGACCUCAUACAUCAGAAUGUGUUUCCAGAGAUGAUUCUGCAUUCAAAGGAAUACAAGAUUUAAAAUCCUUAAUGAUAAAGAAAAUUGCACCCCAUAACUCUCUUUUUAUUCAAAAUGAUUCAUUAUCUGAUUUGCAAAACAUUCCGGUACAAAACAGCUUAGGAAGUUUACAUGAUCCUUUGCUCUUAACUAGCUCACUGGAGAAUAUGGCUCUUGAUAAUUUAAAUGCUAGUAAAAUGACUGAAGUUGGAAGUGUUUCUUUAGUUGAACAAAGUGCUAAGAAUGACAUUUUAAAAAAUGACGAUUUGCAGUUUUCCCAAUGUGAACUUCCAUCCCUAGCUGAACUGUUUCAGGAACACAAAGAAAACAAUCCAAGCCAGUACUUUCCUUUACCAGAUCUUUGCAACCAAGCCUCUGCCAAUUUCACAGAUCUAAGGUUGGGAUGUUUUCCCCUGUCACAACCAGCAAAUCAUUAUCAGUCUUCGACUGGGAUAUCAGAAUUAACAGGAUCUCUGUCGUCUUUGGCAUUUCAUAAAGCUUCUCCUACGAGAGACCUUGAGGAUUUGUCACUUUCUGAUUUGAUUGCAGAAACGAUUGAUAUAGACAACUCUCAGAUUAAGAAAGAUUCCUUUACGCUCAGUUUAUCUGAAAUGAGGUCACCUGGAUUAGAUUCAAACAUUGAUCUUAGUGUCCUUAUAAAAACCCCAGAUUUUGUUCCAAAACCUGUAGCAGCCCAGUCAGUUGCUCCAACACCAGGAACUAAAGUUCCAAGUUCAAAGUUAGGGAAAAACUCCAGUUCUGCUAAGGAUAAUAAGAAAAACAAUAAAGGCUUCCUGACUAGGAAACCAGCUAUUUCUGCCUCUUGGACCAAGGCCCUUGCUGCUAGACCUUCAGCUUUUGCUUCAACACUCUGUCUUCGUUACCCAUUGAAAAGCUGCAAGCGACGCACCCUAGACCUCUAUAAGACUUUCCUCUAUAGUAGACAAGUUCAAGACAUAAAGGACAAAGAAAUAAGUCCUCUUAUAGCAAUAACUCCAUUUGACUUCAAAUCAGCAUCUCCUGAUGACAUUGUAAAAUCUAAUCAAAAGAAAGCUUUUACUAGAGAAUAGUAACAGAAGGAAAACUUGAUAACUGCUGUAGAGCUUUUUAUUUUAAAUUAAUUUUAAGUCUUUAUAGUGUUACUUUAUGAGAUUUAAGUCGUGAUUUUUACGUUAAAGUUGUCUUAAGUUAGUUGAUAACUUUAGUUGAUAUGUGUUUUUGCACUGAAAUCUUUUUUUACUGUAUCUUCUUUUAGUGAUAACUGGCUUUAUUUAAGUUGAUAGCCUGGAAUGGGUGUAUCUUUACAAAGUGCAUAUGGAAACUUGAUAUUAUGAAAUCAAAUCUCAGAUAUUUUUGUUUGAAGCAUUCAAAUUUAUAAGUUUUUACAAUGAGACAUUUUCUUUUAUAAAAUAUUUUUGUGUUUUGUUCUUAAAAAUGCCACCACUUGGGAUUAUAAUUUAGUGAUAAAGCUUUCUCUCAUGUAGCAUAGCAUAGCUGAGACAAUAUUAUAUUUUAAAAUAUUAGUGAUAUCAUUCCCAGUUUCAUUAUUUUUCUGUAGGUGAAUACUAAAAUAUUUCUAUUAGAAAGUCUUAAAACUCCUGAGUUUUAAGAAUACUGUGGAGGUUGUUGAAAUACAUUUUUGAUGAUAAUAAAAGGAAAAUCCUUUAAGGGACCAUGUAAAUAUUGAAGUUGCAUUAAUACAUAAAUUAUUUUUAUACAUUUUCAAAACCAUUUGUCCUAAAUGCACACUUUAAAAUAAAUCUAUGCAAAGUGUUUUCAAGUAUGGUUGUAAGUUCUUUGAAUAGAUAAUUUUAUCAGAUCUUUGUAACUUUUUUUACUAUAAGCAAUGAAAUGUGGAGUUUUUCUCUUUGCUACUGCCACCUGUGUGCAUAGAAUGACAAAGUUUUAGCAAUGGCAGACCAAAUAAGAGCUCUUCUAGUCAGUAGAACAAGUAUGAAUUCAUCCUCUAGAGCAGUGGUUCUCAACUAGCCAUCAGAAUCACUGGGGGAGUUUUCAAAACACAGAUGCUGUGGCUUCACUCCAGACAUGGUGACCCAGUCUCUGAGGGAUGACGCUUAGGAAUGUGUUUUCAGAAUGGUCCCCUGGUGGUUCUAAUGUGUUACUUCUCCUUGAGAACCACUGCCUUAGAGAAAGAAAUCAGUAGAAUGAAACGAAUUGCUACUGCUAAGAAUGACAUCUGACCAACUAGAAUUUAUAUUUCAUAUUUUUUAGUAAUCAGGAGUUACCAGGGAAAAUUACUAAUAAGGAAUUAUGGUCUCUUGCAUAGGAGAUGCUGACAUUAUUAGUAUUUCUUGUGGGAAAAAAUAGUAUCUAAAAUGUUACUUCUUAAUGAAAAUAAAAUAUCUAGCCUUUUCUCAGUAAAGAUGUUUUUCUGUGGCAGCUGCUUCACUAUGCAAUUCAUAUUUUUUUUUUUGUAUUUCUUGUUUCUCUUUAUUUUCAGAAUGACAGUCCAGAAUUUUUAGCUGUGUGCCAUGUUUUUAAUCCAGUGUUUUGGUGGGAAAACUUAAGCCAGCAUUCUGUUGUCAUUUUUCUUGACCACUUUCUUGUGGUGUCUUCUGGUCUUGUUUUUAAUUGUAUAUUUCAGCACACAUCAUAUUGAUGCCUAGGAGACAUUUAAGUCAUAAGUUUUAUUUUAUGAUCACUUUUAAAGUUUGAAUUAUCCCAACUGCUGAUUUUAUUUUUCUAGUCUUGAAUUUUAGUCAUGCAUUUUAGUAAUUUUGAACUAGUAGUAUAUCAUCAACUAGAUUUAUAAAUAGGCAGUCUCUAACCUAGAAAUGAAUUGUAUUCUAAGAGUUUGCUUGGACAUGACGGUAAUUCCUGAUAGAUUAAGUGCUACGCCAGCAACAUGAAUUCCAAAUACUUAUUUAACCCAUAUUGAAGUAGAACAGUGCUACUGUUAUUUUACCUUCUUCUCUAACAAACUAAUUUUCAAGUGGAAAUAGAAUACUCUUUAAGCCCUGUAUAGUAUAUCUUGUAGAGUGAACUGGAUCUCCCUUUGUUGGCCGAUUAGGAUUGUAACUACCACUUAUGAGCAUAUUUCUUUAGGGGGGCAAAUUUCUGUAUUACAGGGUGAUAGGGAAAGUAACAAUUUUAAAAUAAGUCUCCCUAUUUCCCUUGUCAUGAUGACUGGUCUCUCAGGCAUGUAUCUGACAUGCACUUGCCCUGUUGAACAAGGGGGUGUCACAGUGUCUGAGAUUCUGAGGGUGGAACCAAGAAAACCCUGCCCCUUCCACCCUUGGCCAUGGGCCCUUGGUAAAGAGCCCAGUGCCUGCAUGUUCAUGGAUACGCUCCUAGUGAUGACGGUUGCUUG